AUGGCGUCUAAGCAAGGCGAAUCGAAGGGCAGCGCCCCAGGCAAGAACAUGCUCUGGGGCGGCAGAUUCACAGGCGGCCUCGAUCCCCUUAUGGUAGCUUACAACGAAUCCAUCUACUACGACCGCGCCUUCUACGCCCAAGACAUCGCCGGCUCCAUCGCCUGGGCGCGCGCCAACAAGAGCCGCGGGAUCCUGACCUCGGACGAGUUCUCCGCGAUAGAGAAGGGCUUUGCGCAAGUCCGCGAAGAAUGGGCAACGAACACCUUUGAGAUCAAACCUGGCGUCGACGAGGAUAUCCAUACAGCCAAUGAACGACGCCUGGGCGAGAUCAUCGGCACGGGCAUUGCGGGCAAACUGCACACGGGCCGCAGCCGGAACGAGCAGAUCGCGACAGACAUGCGGUUAUGGUUACGGGAGGAGCUGCGGAAGAUUGAGGGAUAUCUCAUGAACUUGCUGAAGGUGGUAGCGGCGCGAGCGGAGCAAGAGAUUGAGCAUGUAAUGCCAGGCUACACACAUCUGCAGCGCGCGCAGCCGAUCAGGUGGAGCCAUUGGAUGCUGAGCUACGGCUUGGCGUUUGCGACGGAUCUGCAGAGGCUGAGGGAGGUGGUCAAGCGGGUUAACAGGAGUCCGCUUGGGUGUGGUGCGCUAGCCGGAAAUCCGUUCGACAUUGAUCGCGAUGCUAUGGCUAAGGAGCUUGGGUUCGACGAGCUGAUCUACAACUCUAUGGCGGGAGUGGCAGACAGGGACUUUGUGGUUGAGACGAUGCAGUGGGGAUCAACGCUCAUGCUACACAUGUCGCGGUGGGCAGAGGAUCUCAUCAUCUACAGCAGUGCAGAGUUUGGCUUUGUCAAGCUCGCGGAUGCUUACUCGACCGGGAGCUCCUUGAUGCCCCAAAAGAAGAACCCAGACAGCCUGGAGCUAUUACGAGGGAAGAGUGGCAGGGCCUUCGGGCACAUGGCUGGGCUCAUGAUGACCAUCAAGGGCAUUCCCUCAACAUACAACAAAGACUUGCAAGAGAGUGUAGAGCCACUGCUGGACCAUGUCAAGACAGUGGGCGACAGCAUACAAAUUGCGACAGGAGUACUGUCGACGCUCGCCAUACAGCCCGACAAGAUGCUUGCGGCACUGACUCCGGACAUGCUUGCCACGGAUCUGGCGGAUUACUUGGUCCGAAAGGGUGUGCCGUUCCGAGAAACGCACCACAUCUCGGGACAGGUCGUUGCGCUGGCGGAAAAGGAGAAAACGCCAAUGGACCAAUUGACCUUCGAGCAACUGCAAAGCGUGGAUAAGAGGUUCGAAAAGGACAUCGAAAAGACCUUCGACUAUCAGAAGAGCGUGGAGAUGAGGUCUGCAAAGGGCGGUACGAGUAAGUCCUCAGUGGAGGAGCAGGUGAAAGUGCUCAAGAAGAUGUUGGAGUGA